GCCAUCGGAAGCAACUGGGAUCGAGGAUCCAUACUGUUGACUGACGCGUCCAUUGAGGUGUUUUAUCGCAGUCAUAGCGCGCAACAACUCGGAGAUAGUAUCUUUGGUAUAACAGCCAACGAUCAUCUAGAUUUCCGUUAGGAUCGACGAUGAAACUCACCUUCAAGACCGUGCAGCAGCAAACGUUCACCCUUGAGGCAGAACCAUCUGAUACGGUGGGCGACUUGAAACAAAAGAUCAACGAGCUUCAAGGGCAUCCUGUUACCUCACAGAAGAUUAUUUACUCCGGGAAGAUACUGCCGGACUCGAAGACCGUUGAAUCAUGUAACUUUAAGGAGAAAGACUUCUUGGUACUAAUGGUGUCUAAACCUAAGCCCUCGGUCGCACAAUCCACUCAGCCAUCAGUGGCUUCUCCUGCCGCCCAGGCCCCUGCACCCGCUGCUGCGUCGCCGCCGACAACAACGGCAGCGGCCCCACCAGCGACUGAUGCGAUUAUUCCAGCGACCUCGACCCCUGCAGUCCCUGCUACCUCUCCAGCGCCACAACCUCAGGCAAGGUUCAAUUCAACUGAUUCCUUCAUUUCCGGUCCUGCGCUGCAAAGCACGAUACAAAACAUUGUGGAGAUGGGCUUCGAGAGGGAGCAAGUUGUCAGGGCGUUGAGGGCCAGUUUCAAUAAUCCUGACCGUGCCGUGGAGUAUCUUAUGACGGGAAUCCCUGAGCAGUUAUUGGCUGAGGCUACUCCCACCCCUCCACGUUCUGUUAUCGCACCUACUGCGAACCCUUUAGCAUCUGCGGGAGCGGCUCCCCGGCAGGCUCCGACGCCGGCUCUUCCAGGGCCAGCUCCCGCUACGCGCCCCGGCCCACAAAACCUCUUCGAAGCAGCGCAAGCAGCACAGCAACGUGGUCAAUUCCACAACUACGCCGGGGGUAUGGGUGACGACCGCAUUCCUCGGCUGACUCCAGAAGAGAUCACCACUCUGAGAAAUGCACCCAGUUUCCAAGAAAUUCGGAAUUUAGUUCAAGAGAAUCCGGCGUUCAUACAACCCUUCAUUCAACAGCUGGCAAAUAGCAACCCAAUGCUGGCGGCGCAGUUGACUGCUCACCCAGAGGAUUUAUUCCAGUUGCUUGGAGGGACCCUUCCUGGUGACGGUGAUGGUGAUGAUGGGGAGGGAGAUGAUCACGUCCCUGGUUUCCCUGGUGCAACCCAGAUUCAUGUCACUCCAGAGGAACAUGCUGCCAUCGAAAGACUCAUGGCACUCGGUUUCUCUCAAAGCGCCGCGAUUCAAGCGUAUUUUGCUUGUGACAAGAAUGAAGAACUAGCCGCCAAUUUUUUAUUCCAAGCGGGAGAGGAUCCAGAUGACGUGUGAAGGAUGGACAAUCCAGCGCAUAGGUAGCCAUUUGCGUUGAUGAUAGCACUCCUUUUACCUAUAUCGCCACUCCCAUACGUCCGUUGCUGUGCAUGUGUCCCCUUUUCUGAGCUUCCGCUUUUCGUGUACCGUAUGGAUGUACGAGUAAAAGCAAAAACCCCAAUGGACGACAUUCAAUUGAUUAGAGUUGAAACGUAUGUAAAUAUCCACUCAGACGUCAUCCAGAGACAGUGCUUCGCC